AUGAGACCACCUUCGUCGUUCUGGGAGUCGCCCUGGGUGUGGCAGAGUGCCACAAGGAUCGACAAGGUGCAGCAAGCCACGCACUCUUCAUCCUGUAGUCGCCUGGCUACUGUCGUCCUGAGUGUGGCCAAGUGCUACAAGGAUAGGCAGGGAGUUUGGGGCCACGCGCUCGUGGUGGUGUCAUUGCCCGAUCGCCAGCUGGUCGUCAAUAUCAAUCAGAUCAGAGUCCAGCUCUUCGCGACUGGUCCUCUGGAUCAGGAGAAGAGCAUCAACGGUAUCUGGAAGGCCGUAAAGGAGCACAUCCAGAAGAAUGGUGGAACCACGUCCGCAGGCGUGACCACCCUCAAGAAGCGAUGGCUGGCAAUCCGCAACCAGCCUGCAGGAGUCUCAGCCGCGGCGGGUUCCUCAGCCGCGCCAUCAGCCUCGCGGACUCGCGGUGGCGCUGCCCGCACUGGCAGCAUUCACGCCACGGGAAGUCUGACCCGGUCCCUUCCGGUCCUGAGUCAAAGGACGUCAACUGGAACAGCUACUUUCGACGAGAGAUGUAAUGGCAUCAUGGCAUGCCAACGGUCCACCAAGUGGACAUCACACCCCGAUUCGCGUGCGGCUGAGAUCCUUUUUCUGCUGAAUCUCGCACAGCUGCUCGAUGAUGGCUACUAUGUUGAUGUUGAUCAUGGCAUCCCGCAGGCCCAGCUCGAUGGCCAGGACGAGAGAUGA